CCGACAAAUGCGGCGCAGCCUUUUAGUCUGCUCAGUCGUUCACAGCCCACAACCCGCGGAUUUACAAUCAACAAUUCAAACUGAUUUCUGUCGGGUGAUACCUUUCUUCCCUCUCUCUACCAACUUCAAAUAUGGGGUGGUUUGUGUCUCCAAACAUGGUCUAGCCAAACUUUCUGAUUUGUGAGGGAACAGCAGCCUGCCAGCACCUAAGCAGGAUGUCCAGCAGCUCGGGCUACCCCCCGAGUCAGGGGUCCUUCAGCAGCGAGCAGAGCCGAUACCCACCACACUCUGUCCAGUACACCUUCACUGGAGGGCGCCACCAACAGGAUUUCCCCAUCCCAGACUACCGCACACACAUGCAGGAUCCACAGGGUCGAAGACGCCUGUCCUUACUCUCCGAGUUCCACCCUGGGGCUGAAAGGCCUCCAGAGAGACGCCAUGGUUAUGAUCCGCAGUUUCACUCCGUCACAGGCCAGGCAGAGCAUGAGGCCCUGGAGGCCAAACGCCCUCGCAUGGAGACCGUUACCGAGUCCCAUAUCAACCGCACCCCUCCCGCUGCCGGGGGUGUUGUGCUGCCCAUGCCCCACACUGUACAGGACAGUUUAAGAGCAACUGUGGAGGUCAGAAAGGAAUCGCCGUUCACUGUCAAAGUGGAAUCCCCGUCCGCAGGAGGAUCUUCGUUGCACACGGGGGAAGAGCAGGACACAUCUCCUUCCAAGCUUUCCAAGGAGGAGCUGAUUCAGAGCAUGGACCGUGUGGACCGAGAGAUUGCGAAAGUGGAGCAGCAGAUUUCGAAGCUGAAGAAAAAGCAGCAACAACUCGAGGAGGAAGCAGCAAAGCCAGCGGAGCCAGAAAAGCCAGUUACCCCUCCCCCAGUGGAGCGCAAGCACCGCAGCAUAGUUCAGAUCAUCUAUGAUGAAAACAGGAAAAAAGCUGAGGAGGCCCAUAAAAUAUUGGAAGGUCUUGGUCCUAAGGUUGAGCUGCCUUUGUAUAACCAGCCAUCAGACACAAAGGUGUACCAUGAUAACAUCAAAACAAAUCAAGUGAUGAGGAAGAAGCUGAUUUUGUUUUUUAAGAGGAGGAACCAUGCCCGUAAACAAAGGGAACAGAAGAUCUGUCAACGCUACGACCAGCUGAUGGAGGCAUGGGAGAAGAAGGUGGAGCGGAUGGAGAACAACCCCAGACGCAAAGCCAAGGAGAGCAGAACUCGAGAGUACUAUGAACGGCAGUUCCCCGAGAUCCGCAAGCAGAGGGAGCAGCAGGAGCGCUUUCAAAGAGUUGGACAAAGAGGAACAGGCCUUUCUGCAACAAUAGCAAGAAGCGAACACGAGAUUUCUGAAAUCAUCGAUGGUCUCUCUGAGCAGGAGAACAAUGAGAAACAGAUGAGACAGCUGUCCGUCAUCCCUCCCAUGAUGUACGACUCUGAGCAGAGGCGAGUGAAGUUCAUCAACAUGAAUGGCCUGAUGGACGACCCGAUGAAGGUGUACAAAGCUCGACAGUUCAUGAACGUUUGGACGGAACAUGAGAAGGAGAUCUUCAAGGAGAAGUUCAUUCAACAUCCCAAGAACUUUGGUUUGAUCGCCUCGUAUCUUGAAAGGAAGUGUGUGGCUGACUGUGUCCUGUUUUACUACUUGACCAAAAAGAACCAAAACUACAAGGCACUGGUCAGGAGAAACUAUGGCAGAAGGAGAGGAAGGAAUCAGCAAAUAACACGUCCUUCACAAGAAGACAAGUCGGAAGAUAAGAACGAAGAGGACAAAGUUGAGAAGUCUGAGAAAAAAGAGGACGAGGAAAAGAAGGACGAGGAAGAGAAAGAUGAAAAGGAGGAUUUUAGGGAGAUUGGCAAGGACAAAGACAAGUGUGACGGUGGGGAGGACGAGGACGGAAAGGAGCAAAACACGCCGCGUGGCAGGAAGACUGCCAACAGCCAGGGCCGCCGCAAUAGAAGGAUCACCACACGCUCCAUGGCCAAUGAGGCUGCAUCCGUUGCAGCUGAGGACACGCCUCCUCCUGCCUCUGAGGCUGCCUUGCCAGAUCCUUCACUGCUCCCUAAAUCUGAUCAAGCGCAGAAGGCCAUGAAAGAGCCUGCAAAAUCCCUCACUCCAGUGGCAGCAGAUGCCAAUAAAGCUGGCUCUUGUGAAACCGGAGAAACUUCUCGCUGGACUGAGGAAGAGAUGGAAGUCGCCAAAAAAGGGCUUGUUGAACAUGGCAGAAACUGGACAGCCAUCGCCAAAAUGGUGGGCACCAAAAGCGAGGCGCAGUGCAAGAACUUCUAUUUCAAUUACAAAAGACGUCACAACCUGGACAACCUGCUUCAGCAGCAUAAGAAGGAUACCCGCAGAGCUCGUGCUGAUACGUCUCAAGGGGAAGGCCAAGCCACGGCAUCACCUGAUGAUGAUGAGGACAAUGCAGAUGACAGUGAAGGCGGUGACAACAGCUCCGAUACAGAAAGUGCGCCUUCACCCUCUCAGACCGACUCCUCAAAAUCAGUAGACUCAAAGAGACCAGAGAGUGCCACUGAUGAAGCUCCAUGCACAGACCAGGACAAAGGUCAGGCCAGCAAUGGAAAGUCUCCGGAGCCCUCAUACAGGGAGCUUCGUGUCAAGGAAGAAAAGAGCCCAGAGAGUGAGAGCGGAUCUCAGGAAGAAAAAGUCAAGAUUUCUUCUUUUCCUGGCCCCGUGCAUCCCAAAACCGAACCUCAGGAUGUGGACAUGAAGACCGGAGAGGUUCAAGUCAAGUUGGAGCCUGAGAUCAAGGAGAAAGGUGAAAGGGGAGAUUUCUGCGAUAGACAGCAAGAGCUCCACUCGGAUAAUGACUCAAGCGCCACCUGCAGUGCUGAUGAGGAUGUGGAAGCUGAGCCUGAUAGGCAGAGAAUAUACCCUAUGGAAAAACCAUCACUGCUCAACCCUCCAGGCUCGGUGCUUGUGUCCUCCCCAAAGCCAGCCCAACUCAACAUCCAGCAGCUGCAGCACAGGGCUGCUGCCAUCCCUCCUAUGGUGCCUGGUCCUUAUGGCCCAGGCAGCAUAUCCAUCAGUGGUUUAACCAUGCUUCAGCACCAGAUCAAAGCAGUGCAUGACUCAGCACACCAGGAAGACAAGCAGCGUCAGGAUCAGGGAGACAUGGAACGUAGACCCCCUUUCAGCACCCGCAGCCCUACAAUACUGGACAGAGACGUCCUUCACCCCACCCCCAACCAGCUGGUCCAGAGUUUGAACGAUGGAGUCCGUCUGGCAUUCAACAGACACAGUCGGCCUUCCAACAUUCCCUCUCCUCCUCCGCUCAUUCCAACCAACAAGCCCACAGACAAGCCCUCGUUCAUCCAAGGAGGCUCCAUCUCCCAGGGAACCCCUGGCACCUACUUGCCCUCCCAUACCAUCUAUGGACCAGAGGGGACUAAGAGCUCUGUGGGCUCCAUCUCUCUAGGGCUGCCUCGGCAGAUGGAUCCAAACAAGCCUGCAGGGCCUGCAGUUUCCUCCAUCCAGGACAGCAGAGGCAACCCAGCAAAGCUUGGUGAAGGCCUGGCGUUCAGAGGAUCAAUCACUCAGGGCACUCCAGCCCUGUCCCAGGGUAGCAUAGCUGCUGACCUCCUGAAAGGCACAAUCACAAAGCUGGCUACAGAGGACCUGGGCAGCCCAGAUAAAGCCAGGGGGGAGCAGCUGGCUAAAGUCAUUUAUGAAGGCAAGAGUGGUCACAUCCUCUCCUAUGAUGGUAUAAAGAACCCCAGGGAAAACACCAGAAGCCCCAGAACAGGUCAUGAACUAAAACGCACCCAUGACAUGAUGGAGGGACCCAUGGGAAGAGCACACCAUGGCAGAGAGGGAGCUCCAUUCGAGGGCUUGAUUAGUAGAGCUCUUCCUAGAGAAGGGCAUCAUGGAGACUCCAAGGAACGACCACUGAUCACUGGAUCCAUUAUGCAAGGGACACCAAGAACUACUGCUGAUGUUUAUGAGGAUGCUGUGAAGUACGGGAAGCUAAUAAAAACGGAAAGCCGAACAUUUGAAGAGGCUAUUGGCAAAGGCAAGCCCUAUGAAGGAGUAAAUACUAUCAAAGAGAGGGGACGCUCCAUUCAUGAAAUCCCCAGACAGGACCAACCUGGGCAGGAUAUGCGCAAGACCCCAGACCUGGCUGACAGGAGGGUCAUGGAGGGCUCCAUCUCUCAGAAUUACUCUCUGGGCCAGUCGACCAUCAAGCACAAUGUCAAAUCCCUAAUCACCAGCCCCGGCAAGCUUCCCCACAGCAUGCCUCAGCUGGAAACCAUGGAGCGAGCCAAGUACGAGGAGGGCAAAGCGGUGCGGCAUUCUGUGGUUAACAGCACUGCUUCUGUCCUGCGCUCCACGCACCAGGAGGCCAGCAAAUCCCAGCAUAGCCCGAGUAUGUAUGAAGACGCCGGUGCUCGCAGGACCCCGGUGACCUACAGCACCAAUCCCGUUUCCAGAGGGUCCCCGAUGCUAGGACGGGCCUCUGAAGGUGGCAUGUGCUCUGCCAAAUCUGCGUCACAUGACCGGAAGAGUUCCAUGACCCCGACGCAGAGGGACAGCAUCCCAUCCAAGUCCCCUGUGUCAGUAGGCGAUCCUGUAGCUUCCCACAGCCCUUUUGACCCCCACCACAGGCCUGUGGUUCCUGGAGAGGUGUAUCAAACCCACUUGCCCCCACACCUGGACCCUACCCUGGCCUUUCGCCACAGAGGGCUGGAUCCUGCGUUCAUGUUCCCUAGGCAGCCCUCGCCAACGGGCUACCAUAACACCUACCAGUUGUACACCAUGGAGAACACGCGGCAGACCAUCCUCAACGACUAUAUCACCUCGCAGCAGAUGCAUGGCAUCCCUCGGCCUGACAUGGCCAGAGGGCUGUCUCCACGGGAACAACCUGUUGCUAUCUCUUAUCCGGCCCCCCCUCGAGGGAUUAUUGAUCUAACCCAGAUGCCUCCAACUAUCCUGUUGCCUCACCCUGGGGGAACAGGUACUCCCACAUUGGAACGAACCGUCUACCUCACUGGAGCUCAGCCCCCUUUCCCUCCUAGGGCUUUCAACCCAACUUCCAUAUCUCCAGGCCACCCAGCCCACCUUGCCGCUAGUGCAGAGAGAGAUUGGGAGAGGGAGCAGCAGGAGAAGGACCGGGAAAAGGAAAGGGAGCAACAGAUGGAGAGGGAAAUCAGGGAACGAGAGCGGGAGCGCACUAAUGAAUACAUGCGUGGAGGUGCCCCAGAGCAGCCGGGCCGGCCAGGGAGUCGAGGUUACAUACAUUCCCCUUCUCCGUCGCUCCGGACUCAGGAUGUGGUUGUUCAGCAGCGGCCGAGCAUCUUCCAGGGAAAGAGUGUCAUCACCUCUCUAAUACCCCAUCCACCUGUGUCAACAUCAACCUCACAGAGCAGCUCACGCUACAGCACUGCAGCUGAUGCUCUGGCUGCUCUGGUGGACGCCGCAGCCUACGUUCCACAGAUGGACGUCGGCAAGGUUAAGGAGAGCAAACUUGAACGGGAUGAUGAAAUGUCUUCAUCAGCUGCGUCACGGCGGGGGCCGAUCCUCCCUGAGCAGCAGCAGGAAGCAGAAAGGCGAUCGCUGCCCUCACCGUAUAGCACCAUGUCUCUGCCAGGUGGAAAGCCACAUCCAGUUUAUGGCGAGGGCCAUGGGGUUGGGGGUAAGGAGAAGGGUCCUCAGACAAAGUCCCGCAUUGAAGAGGAGCUUCGAACUCAUGGAAAGACGACUAUCACAGCUGCCAACUUUAUCGACGUCAUCAUCACACGGCAGAUAGCCUCAGACAAAGAGUCACGUGAGCGAGGCUCACAGAGCUCUGACUCUUCAAGCAGCUUGUCAUCUAGUCGGUAUGAUAACACUGCUGGAGGAGCCAUUGAGGUUAUAAGUCCUGCUAGUUCCCCAGUCCAGACCCAGCAAGACAAAGCAGAGGAUGGACAACAACAAGCAGCAGUUGGCAUUCGGACCUACGAGAUGGGCCGCUACCGACCCCCUGCAGAGCCCCCUCAGCCCCCCUCCUCCCAGGCAGACAGCUACUCACAGGUUCCCAAAACCCACAGGGUCAUGACCUUGGCAGACCAUAUUUCGCAUAUAAUUACACAAGACUUUGCCAGGAACCAAGACCCUCCCGUCUCUUCAUCAGUGCCCACCACAUUCCAGAACUCCAUUGCACCAGUGUCCUCUUCGGGUCGAGUCAAAGCCCCCAGCCGCUAUAGUCCUGAGAACCAGGCUCCACACCACCAGAGACCCUCCAGCAGGGUUUCUCCAGAGAACGCUUCUGACAAGUCCAGGGCCAGACCCGGUAAGUCUCCAGAGCGAGGAAGCAGGCAGAUGGAGAACUAUGAGCCCAUCUCUCCUCCACAGGGAUACCAAGGCAUGGACAAACAGGAGGCUGGUGGGCCUCCAUCCCAGAGGCGAGACCCUGACAACUCUGAGAUCAGGGGUGACUCACGGUCCCCAGGGAGUGUCAGCUACCUGCCCGCUUUCUUUACCAAGUUGGAGAGCACCUCACCGAUGGUUAAAUCCAAGAAACAGGAAAUCUUUCGUAAGUUGAACUCCACCUCUGGUGUUGGUGAUUCUGAUGUUGGAAAUGCUCAGCCUGGGACAGAGAUUUUCAACCUGCCUGCUGUCACCAGCUCCAGCAGCAUCAACCCAAGGAAUCAGUCCUUUAAUGACCCAGCCAGUAACUUGGGCCUGGAGGACAUCAUCCGCAAGGCUUUAAUGGGCAACUUGGAGGAGAGGCAGGAGGAGCAUCAGGGAGGAGGAGGUGUUGUCAUGAACAACACGUCCAGCACAGGCAGCGAUACCCGGCAGGAGGCCAGCCCCUCUCCCAGUAUGGGAAAGCAGAAGCAGGGCAAAGCAAACAGCCGGAAAUCCAAGUCGCCUAACCUGAGUCAGGCCUAUGCUGGAGGGGAGCGUCCCUCAUCCGUAUCCUCCGUCCACUCUGAGGGGGACUAUCACAGACAAACCCAACCACAGUGGAGCUGGGACGAACGACCAUCGUCCACAGGUCCCGUGCAGUUUGCCUACAACCCACUGACCAUGCGCAUGAUGAGCACACCGCCCACGUCCAUGGCCUCACCCUCUAUACAGAGCCAGCAGCAGCAGCAGCAGCAGCAGCAGCAGCAACCCCCAGCUGGAGGCCAGCAGCGAGUGUGGCAGUCUCUGCUGUCAGAGCAGUAUGAGACCCUCUCUGACAGUGAUGAAUGAACCCGAAAAUCGCUGAAAGCCCUGUUACCAGGAGAACUGCCUGUGCUUAGGUGGGUGUGUCCACGCCCAUCUUUCAGAACUAACCUCACUCUUUUUGCGAGUGAGGAGUUGAUGGGGGGUGGUGUCAUGCUUUUUUUGUUUUUGGUGCUAUGGCGCCCCCUGGUUGUUAGCUAGGAGCAGCAAGCAACAUGCAGGGUUCACCAGAACAAGACUUUGUUUUUGCUCUGGGAGCUCUCAUCAAGCCUGUCGGAGAAGUUCAUGUCGACAGAGGGGACGACUAACGGCGCAGUGAAGCUGCAGAAGUUCCUUCAUGUGUUAAAGGAAGCUAUUUCUGAAUUUUGUCCGAUUCUGUAAAGAUAUACCGUCUUUAAAAAAAUUUGUAUGUAAAUAGAGUAACCUUUUUGCAGUGUUUUUCUUAACUUGUUUGUUAUUUUAACGUUGCUUUUAAAUUGAUCCACUUUAAUUGGGAUAGAGCUGUGGUGUAAAUCUUCAAUAACGCAGUUGCUUUCCCAGACCCCACCCCCCGCUCUCCCACAAAAACAAUUUCACCCACCGAAAUCUUUCUUAACCGUUGCUUUGCUAAUUAUUAACCUGUGGUUAAUAAUUGACCCUCUGCGGUUCAAUGAUUGUGCCACCAUCAACCAAGCGCCACCAGAGCCUGGACGGUGUGGACAAAACUGAAGCGUUUUCAACAGCAUCGGGAUAUGAAGUCUGUCUUCGCCAGACGGUGGAGCUGAUGCAUGGAUCGUAAAUAAACAGACAGUAGAGACAAAUCUCACCCAGUUGAGAACACAUAGCAGAAAGGUGAAAAGUCUGAAAUAAGCUUGCUGGAAACGAAAUCGUUAUGACUACUCCUGGACCCUGUCUGAAUGAUGAAAGUGAGCCAAUGGGUUAUAAUUUUAUUUUAUUCUUUCUUUCUUUCUUUCAGUAGAGCUGACAACGCAGUGUGUUACAUCCAUGCAGUUUCACUUUUCAAGUUGUCUGGAAUAAUGUCUUUAAAAAAAAAAAAAGGAGAAAAAAAACAAUGUCAGGAAAUGUGAUUUCUUUUAAAUUUUCUUUUCUGAUAGAUGAUUUUUUUGCAACGCCUUGUGAGUUAAGAGAGAAGGCAGCUUUAAAAACAAUUUUCUCAGAGAUAUAUGUUGGUGUUGUUUGUAUUUGUUUCUGCUGUCCCUCUUUCUUUUCCUGUCCUGACAGCAAUCUGAGCUCUGUAAAACUGUCUCCUCAGUACACAAAAUGCAGAAACUAACCAAAAGUAAAGAAUACUCUGCACCGUUGUUGCACUUUUUGUUUGCUUUGUGGCUUUGGACAACAAAAAGCAUACUAUCUGCUGUGUAAUUUAACCUCCAGCCCAGGACUAUACUAAGAUGUGCUUGAACCUUUACCCACCACUCAAUUGAUAUCUGGAUGUUUGAACUUGCUGGUACAUCAUAUAUUUUGGUGUUAACACCUGCAUCAGUUACUGUUUUGAGUGCAUGGUACCAUUAAAUGUCUUGGGGUUUGCUGUCAGUGAUUCAGAAUCCUGAUAACUUAAUAUCUGCUUUCAUGGUGUCUGUCAACAGAUAGCUUCGGAGACAACUUUUACAUCAGCACCAUACACAGCAGUUUCUUUGUUCACAAAGUUUUCUCUUUAUAUAACAACAGUACCACAUUCUGGCGGCCACCCUGCUCAGUUGGGGAAACCCAUUCUGCUUGAAACUUGAUAUUUCUUCUCUCCAUUUUUAACUUUAACAAAAAAAGAUUUAUUUUUGUCCUUUUUGGGUUUUUUUAUCCUGCUUUUUAGGGAUGUUAUGUGUUUACAGACGCAAUGACAAAAGUUUACAAACUUGAAUCUUAAAUCCGACAUAAAGCCGAAAAAAGAAAAUAAAUUACAGCAUUUUUGUUUUUUUUAGCUCUUUCAAAUACACGGUGGUGACUCUUUUGUCUUUUGGAAGUUGAGACUUGAAACCCCAUGUGUGUCCUAUGAUGUUAAAAUGCAAUAUUUGUAUCGCACAAUGUCUCUUAGUAGGCUAUUACAAGACUUCAGACCAAUCAAAUAAAGUGUAUCAGUUCUCCACCACUGA